AUGGCUGAAUGCGACGUGGUCAGAAGCGAUGCCGAGAUAGAGGCAAUGAGAAGAAACGUCAAAUAUGAAUACGGCGAAGACAACCUGGGUGAUGAAGAGGAAGCAGGCCCGAGCAUCCGGAUCCCGCAAAUUGCCAACUUCCUGCGCGAUCAGGACUGCGAUCGCGGCAUGGACUGGAAGAAGAAACUGAACCUCGUCGAGAAGUACCUCGAAGGCGCCGACGAGCUCCGGAAACAGGGUCACCCCGACUUCCAACCUCACUUGGUCGCCCUUCUAGAAGACUGUCUGAUUCUGGUCGACGUCCAUCGAAAUUUUGAGUCUUGGAACUACGGCAAGACAGCAUGGUCGGGUGACUCGCUACUAAAUGCCUAUCAACCCAAGCGACUGCCCCAAUACCCGCAGCAAAACCCCGUUCCACACACGAAGUACGCAGUGAAUCCCUGGCCUCGGAAACACAUCGCACUUAUACCAAGGCCAGGCUGCGAGCGGCAUACGCCCUUUCUAGAAGAUCUCUGCACGUCUGACAUGAACUGGGACACGUACUUCCAGAGCGAGCCCGGGCGAGUUUUCAUCAGGGCCAUGACCACACUAGGAAACCACGAGAGCCUCGUCUUUGUCCCCAGUCAUGAACCAUACGCAACCCCUCCAUCUACAGGCGGAACCCGCGCCCCCCGUACCCCGGAAAACCCCGACGGGACCAACUAUUGGGAAUUGGAGAACAAGGUAUACGAGCGGUGCAUCGAGGGCGGAAUAGAGGAAACCGUCGCCAGUGCCCCCCUCCGCGGCCACCUCGACACCUGGGACCAGACGAUGGUGAGCUGGUCCAACAACCGGGGCUGGCGUCGCGCCGCCAUCCAGCAAUGUCUGAACAUAUUCACCAACAAUGAGAACCGCAUCCUGAACACGCCCUGGCGACGUGUCGUGCUCCCCGAGCCCGUCAAAGCACAACCGGACAUCAUAUUCCAUCCGCGCGCCCUGCCCCGCGACAAAGCCGCCUUCCAACACUUCGGCACCCUGUCCGCAGCGGAGCAGGACCCUUCGCCCUGGACUUACUGGUAUAACCAGUAUCAGGAGCAGACGACAUACCUCUCGGCGUGGUACCGGCGCACGUUCAACAAGGAGCACUGGGGGAACUUCACGCAGAUUGCGCUGCCGAUCAAUUACCGCGGUCCGUACUUGUUUGAUGAUAAGUGCGUGUAUGAUGACCAUUGGCUGCGGAUAGGGAGGCAGCUCAAGACUUUGAAGAAGAUGCUACAAGAUAUCAAUGCGAUGCACCUCCCCGGGCAGCGCUGGCUGUUGGAGACGGUCGUUAGGGAUAUCGAUAUUGGUGCCUUAGGGAUACCGCGGUCGCGGGGGAUUAUUCCCCGACACGGGGUUGACGAUGUAGAUGGGGAGAGAGACUCGUUCCAGCUCGUAGAUGAGGCCGAUGCGGCGUGGUUGGAGUUUCUGUGUCUGCCAACGUCGAAUGAAAGGUUGAUCUUGUCACAGCAUGAGAAUCAUGAUAAUUUGUUGGUCUUGUUGGAUCAUCGGCUGCAGACGCUGUUUAACGAUACGAUAACGAGGAUCUUUUGGGUUCCGGUGGAGAAUCCGACGGGGAUUGAUCAUCAGUUGAGGGUGCGGUGUGUUCCUUUGCUGGAAUUGCUACCCGUUUUGAAUAGGGGCGGGAGACAUCUGAUUGGAGAUGAUGUGAAGGGGUGGGAGGCUAUAGAUUUGGAUGAUAAAGAGUCUGAGCCGCCGAAUAAGCUGUUUCAGUUUACGUUGAGGCAGGCGCAGGAUUGUUUGUUCCAGUUGGCGAGACUGGGGAGGCUGGUAUACAACGCCCCAGUAGGCUUCAACGUCCCCGAAGCAGAAAUCGAGGCCGAACUCGGGCACAGCAAGGGUCACCUCCGCCUCUACCAAACCCACGACGACUCGGACUGGGGUUCCGUUGGCCCCGCCACCAACGACAUCUACCCGGAACAGCGGGUGCUCUGGCGCCACGAAUCCCUCGAGGCAUGUGAACGAUUUAACAAUGCCUACAAACAAAAAUGGCUCGAGCACAUGACGACGCACAAGGGCGCCUCCCUCGACGGCCCCAACCCUGGCGUCACCGGCUGGACCGAAGAACAGUACGCCGCUACCUUUCAUCCCGAGGCGGCCUACAAAAAGGGCGCGUAUAAGCCCUGUGGUGAGGAGCAUGAGCGCCAGGGGCCCUGCUGGGAAGACCUCGUUGACUACCACGCCGUGUGGGAAAGGAAGUACAACGUCUCCGAGAGAACGAUUCAGUUUUUCAGGAACUUGGCGUAUCGUAUGGGCAGGACGUUAAGGCAUUAUGAUCAGCUCAAGCAGAAAACUGUCAAGAGGUCGACGCUUACGCAGGAGAAUUUGAAUGCGGCGCUGGAUCAGUGGCAGGAGGACGUCACGCAGGGAAAUACUAUUGAGGGCCAGGCGGCACACCCCUUUGCGCCGGGCGGGGUAAGGGAUAUUAUCGAGAAGAUCGAACCUUUGAACCCAGCCCUCAAAGACGGGGAUACACAAACGCUGUUCGGCAUUGUCCGCGAGGGGCUCAUCGAGGACGCCGUCCAGAAUAGAACUAUGGUGUACCCCGGGCGGCUGGCGGCGUAUUCAGACCGGAAGGGCUGGAACGCUGAGGUUUUUGAGCGGGAGAACCUGUGGAGUUGGGCCAAGGAGCCGAUUAGGAGCUAUACGGCCAAGUAUAGACGGAAGAAUUACUUCGAUAUGCGGCGGUGGCCCGUGGAGCAGCAGAGCUCUGAGACGCAGAGCCGCAUUCGGACGAGGGCUGAUGAGGUACCUAGGUUGGUGCCUGGGUCCCAGGAAUACAAUUACGGCAUAAAGAUGCGGUCGGUUUCUCGUCCUCACUUCCCCCAGAGUACGGGACCAGCUGGGGAUGCCUGGGAGAAGCAGUACGAGGUUGUUGCCCAAGCUAUCCGACAUGGACCCACGGACGAAUUGGCCAUCCAUGCCAGGCUGGGCAACACGGAUCUGGUUAUUGAAGGCGAUCUGCGCCCUAUUGGGGAUGAUUGUAUCACUGCACUUCAAGCUCACAUGUUCCCCAGCUUGAAGACCACGACGUGCAUUGGUGCCGGUAGGUUGGAAGUAAUGGGGAAGAUCCGGGAGCACGAGGAGAUGGAGCGCCGUAGGAAGACGGGACAGUUGCAGAUUGGUUAUGUCAUGGAGGGAGGCGGCGUGUACAAGGGUACAAUUCGACUCAGAGGCUACGGUCCGUCAGUGCCGGGCACGCUCGAGUCGGAGAAAGCAAAACUGCAGGAGAAAGAGGUCGAGUUGAAGCACAAGAAGCAGGUCCUUAAGCCGAUGGUGCGGCCUACCGAGGUGUUCAUCCCUGGACCAGCUGUGUAUCCCAUGGGAGAUACGCUGUUCCAGCAGGUUAUACUCAGUCAGCAGCUUGAGAAGAUUCUCAAAGAACCAGAGCCAGAAAAAUCUCUACCCAUAAAAUGGCUCCAGUCUAUCACAAGAUGGUUCAGUUCCCCCCCUAAUCGCGUGCCUCUGCUGCCCGAUAUCGACGUCGCGCGCGCACCCACCAGCGACCCCCACAAGAAGCGCAAGGCGCCCACUGCUUUCCUGACACCCAUCGAUAUCAAGAGGCGGGCAGUCGAGGGACCUGACUCGGGUGUACCUGUUCGGUCACCGAGUCCGGAACUUAAUCUCAGUCUGGAUUCCAGGAUCAGCCCGGAGAUCAAAAUACAGACGUUACCAGUUGCAUCGUUAAGCACUUCAGUCGAGAGGCAGCUGAAAGAGACGGCUGAUAGAUGCAAGAUGACUGCUGAGCGGAACCCCUAUAUAAUCGGUCAGGGCGACGACCAACCAUUGAAAUACCAACCGGCAGCCCCCCAGGCCUCCAAGAGUACAAGCACAGGCCCCACGCCCAGCAACCAGUCUGUCCUGAACCUAAUCGACGACGUCGACCAAGCCCGCACCGAACUAGCAGCCAAACAAGGCCACGCCCCGGACCAAGAAGCUGUCGGCGGGGCCUUUAACGAGGGCAUGUUGAAGUCUGUGUUACACCAAGUCAAGGAUGCGGUGACGAAAUCCGAGGUCAUUGAGUUAGAGUCCGAGAACAAGGUUCACGAGGAGGAGCUGCAGGAGAUUCAAAGGGAGUUGGAUCGGUCGGCGGAGAGGGAGAAAUUGAACGGAGUGUUGAGCGAGGGGGAGAGGGAGGAUAAGAAGGGGUUGCAGAUGGAGUUCAAAGACAGAGAGAGGAUUUCGAUUGGUGCGCAGGAUAAGUUGGCGAGUUAUGGAGCGUUGGAUCCGAGGAGCCGGGAGGAGCUGAUGGCGAAUAUGGAACAAUUUGGUUCUAAGCGGGUGGAUGCGAUAACCGCAGCGGCUCCUCUGUCGAAGAAAGACGGAGAUGAGAAUGAGGGAGUGGACGUGGCCGAGGAGACGCAGAGACUUAGGGAGAGCCCCAGGGUUGGUGGCGACGAGGCUCCUCCUACUUUGCCUUUGAAAAUAUUCAAGACGGCGUCCCCUGAGCCCACCACCAUGUCCCUUGGAGAAGAAUUCGAAGGUACCGCAAAGGUUCAGGGGAAGAAACACUCCAUGCAACGCGCCCGGGAGCUCUUCGACCAAACCUUCCCCAAUGGCGCCGAACAAAUCCCCACCUCGGCCUCGCAGCUCAUGUGCGGACACUACGCACUGAUCAAUAGCAUGGCGGCGCAACACCCUGAUUUGCCUCAGCCGCGUCUCAAGUCCCUGCAGAAGAUAAGCCGCGAAAUGUCGACGGCCGAGAUGAAUAAGACGUUCAUCAAUAACACAGAGACGAACAUGCGGGCGGAUCAUAUCGCGGGUGUUUUGAGGACGUGGGGCGAAGAGAAUGGGUUAGAUUUGCAGUUGGGGAUUGAGUUGCAUGGUAGGGAUGAUGUGUACAUGUUCCCGGUUCCGGAUAAUAAGUACCCCGGGGGCAGGGGGAGGAGGAUUGUUUGGGUGCAUAAUAAUGAUGCGGAGGAUCGGGUGAGGGCUACGACGGGUGGCGGGGUUGAGAUUAUGAUUGUAAAUCAUUUUGAGGGUUUGAGGGAUAGGGGGCAGGGUAAGAGGUCGAGGAAGAAGGCUAGGUUUGCUUGA